AUGAAGGUCAGCUUGUCCACCGCCGUCUUGGCCGCGCUCGCCGGCAGUGUCUUGGCCGCGCCGUCGGAGGCGGCAGCACAGAGGCAGGCCAAUGUCGAGGUUUCGCAAGCGGGAGCGGGAGCCACCGUCAACCUCGCCCAGGCGGACGCACAGGAGCUUCUCCGCAUCGCCAUACGACUCAACGAGCAGUUGAUGGAGAGCCAGCAGCCCCACCACGCCAAGAGGCCAAGGAAGGAGAGCGUGUUCAAGGCGAUUUCCAGAAACGGCGAGAGGAAACUCCAGAGGUUGUUUGGCGGACGCCAGCCCGAGACAUCGCAGGGAAUCGUUGAGGGGAACGAACGGCAAAGCAUCAGCCAGCGGGACGGGCAGGGGCUAAUACCCGACUUGCUCAAUGGUCUCCUGGGCGGCGGCGAGAAGCCCGAGCCCAAUUACAAGCCCAAGCCCAAGUACAAGCUCAAGCCCAAGUACCCGAUGCCACCCUCGCCCACCACGACGGCCGGCAGCACGUCCACCGGCAGAGCCAGGCCGUACGGAGCCAAGCCGUACAAGCACAACAAAGACUUGAAAUACCGCCGGGAGUUUACCAGAGCCGGCUUCAAGAACAACACCGGCGUGCGACCGAACAACGGGGCCUAG